AUUUAUGCAUUCUUUAUUCCCGGUACCGAAUUUCAAUGCUGCAAUUUUGAACCAAAGCUGAGAGAUGAUCCUUCAUACAUAAUCUAUAGAGAAGUGAUCUUUUCUGCUGGAGAAUCCAUGAGAAUGGCGUCGUCUGAGAUCAAUUUAGUGAUGACAGCGAUUGGGUUUGCACUUAGUUCCAUGUUCAUAGUAUAUGUCUGCGCCAGGCUUAUCUGUGCUAGGAUUCUUCAUUACUACAAUCCCUCUGAUCAUAUCAUUAUAAGGCGCGGCUGUAAUGGUCUUGAUCCUUUAGUCAUAAGCAGCUUCCCUGUGAAGAAAUACAGUGAUGGUUUUUUUGCCUCCAUUCAAGAUGCUCAAUGCACAAUUUGCUUAGCGGAUUACCAAAGAGAAGACAGCUUACGCAUAUUGUCACCUUGUGCACAUUACUUCCACCCAGAAUGUAUUGACAUAUGGCUGCAAAACAACUCCACAUGCCCAGUUUGCCGCAUUUCCCUGCAAUCUCUUCCCCAGAAAAAGCAUUUCAUGGAACCAUUGUUCAGCUCAGCUGCCCGGUCACAACGCCAUUUUUGCUCCAUUUUCGCCUCUUCAAGAACACACAGAAGCCCAAUAAUGGACCCUCCAGUGACUGACCAUGGAGGUUUGUCAUCAGUGUGAGAGUAGGUACUAGCUUAGGUGGGAUACAUGCAUUAGAUUAGCCAGAGCUAGGAGCAAUGGUUCUAGCUGAACGUACGUAUUCAUAUCUCCCUAAGGUGGGUAAAAUGCAUAAGUCGUACCUAAACCGUUGGUAUUUUGAUUGCAUUUUGAAAUUUUAUAUAUUAGUUUAACUCUUGAAUGAAACAAAUCAAUAUCACAAUUAUAGCGUUUUAACCGGCAAUAUUAUUCGAAAUAUAAUCCCGUGUGACGACUGGAAAUCGAGGCGUAAAGUCGACUUUAUAUUACUUUUAUUUAUGUCAUCAACAUUGUUC